AUGAGUUUCAAAGGCUUUUCUAAGAGUAUGGUCCGAGCGCCACAACAGUUCAAGGCGAAAUUCAACAUCGGCGAGCAUACCAAGGAUGCGGUUUACAUGGACGCCGAGCGCCGAUUUCAAGAACUCGAGACCGAGACAAAGAAGCUGCAUAUGGAAUCACAGAAGUACUUCAACGCUAUCAAUGGCAUGCUGAACCACCAAAUUGGGUUCAGCAAGGCCAUGACGGAAAUUUACAAGCCUAUCUCUGGCCGCAUGUCUGAUCCCACCUCGAUGAAAAUUGAGGGCAACCCGGAGGGCAUCGAGGCUUGUGAGGAGUACGAGUCCAUCGUUAAAGAGCUUCAAGAAACCCUCGCGCCGGAGCUGGAUAUGAUUGAGACUAGGGUCAUCAGACCAGCCACUGAACUUCUCGAUAUCAUCAAAGUCAUCCGAAAGACAGCACAGAAGCGCGACCACAAGCAGCUCGACUACGAUCGUCACCGUGCGGCCCUCAAGAAGCUACAAGACAAAAAGGAGCGCUCUGCCAAGGAUGAGAAGGCAAUGUGGAAGGCUGAGGGUGAUGUCGAGCAGGCCACACAAGAUUUCGAGUACUUCAACUCUCUGUUGAAAGAUGAGCUGCCCAAGCUAUUCCACCUGGAAGCACAAUUUAUCCAGCCGCUUUUCCAGUCGUUCUACUACAUGCAGCUCAACAUCUUCUACACCCUCCACGAGCGAAUGCAGCGCUGCGAUAUUGGAUACUUUGAUUUGACGAGGGAUAUUGAGGAGGCCUUCCACGAAAAGCGCGGCGAUAUUCAAGAGCAAGUUGAGGCUCUCUCGAUUGUGCGAUUCAAGACGACUGGCCAGCGACGCCCACCGAAGUACCAGCCCAGACCGGCUCUCGAAGGCGGCAAGCAGCCAGCGCUUCUCACAUACGGCAAUGAUGCCUCCAGCCCAGCGUCGAAGCCUAGCCCAAAGGUCAGCGCUUAUCAGCGACCAACUUCCACAGCAUCCGCAAAGUCAUCCGCCCCGCCCCCGUAUAGUGCUGGAAACUCCAGCAUGGCCAUGGUCGCGGCGGCCAAGUCGAAGCCGCCACCACCGAAGCCGAAGCCCAGUCACCUGGCCGGUGCAAAGCAAGCCGAAACAGUAACUGCGCUAUACGAUUUCGCUGCCCAGGCAGAUGGCGAUCUCAGCUUUUCGGCUGGCGACGUCAUCGAAAUUGUACAAAGAACACAAAACGAGAACGAGUGGUGGACUGGCAAACUGCGAGGCAAGCAGGGCCAAUUUCCUGGAAACUAUGUUCAGCUGCCGUGA